AUGUCCGCUGAAGACAGCUCAUCUAUCCGUGAACGUUUCCGUUUCACAGAGGCAAGAGCCGCAGCAACACAACCAUAGACAGAUUUAGUUGAUAAUAAAACAUAUUUAAUAGGGAAAAAGUAAGUAUUUGGUCAAGUUUUUGUGAAUGGCUAAGUAUUCAAGAGCUAUGGCGUUGAUUUGUUCAGUCGUAGUCACUUUUACAUGAUUAUUAAAGGCGGUUGGAGCUCGCGUUAUCAAACGGCUAACGCUCCUGUAACGCUAGCUGGAACUGGUCGGUUUGAUCAGUUUAUUGAGGUUUAAAAAGUCUUUAUUAUUCCUUAUAUCUAUGAACUUAGGUAGUCAAAAAGGCUGCAGAGCAAACAUACUUUAAUUCUUAACAUUGACCACGUCUUAAUUGUCCUUUCGUCUGAAUUAAACAGUCCUCGUCCGUGAUCUCUUCCCUCAUCGUCUCUUUCAGGUCUCUGAGGAUGUCGGGACAGAAGCGUCCUGCGGACUCCUGCGGUCCUUCGUCCUCCGGUGCGCCUCCAGAGAAGCGGAGGGAGAGGGAAGGAGAGGACGGGGGUCCCGGUGUUAGUGCCGCUGCCGGGGGGAGCACCGCGGUGGAGACGGUCAUCAAACUGGGAGGAGUGUCCAACUCAGUGAGACCCCUCUUCUGUUACCUAAAAGAGAACUAAAAUCCUGUCCUAAAGCCAAAGAAAAGAGGAGAGCUUCUGAAGCAGAAGUUAAACUAUCAGUCUGUUUAUCUACUCAAGUCAAAGUAACAAGCACACUGGUUAAGAUGUACUGAUAACAAACGUUAACAGAUGGCAUUGAGAGUUAAGUGCAUUAAUAAGAUGUAAAAGCGUGUUUUUUUCUCACUAAUAUGAUGAACAAAGGUCAUGUGUGGAGUGAUUAUGACUCUGCAGCUAUCCAGGGUGAAGUUAUUGAGCAUUUUUGCUGCAUCUUUUGUCAGAUGGUCCCUGCACAUUUGAGUCAUUGCUAGCUGUGCAGAGAGACUCUUUAUGAUAAAGACCUAACUGAUUAUUUUAAGUUAAGGGGGUUUUAGGUGUAACAAGCAAAAUGUACUUGAUGUAUAUCUUGAAACAAGGUGACAAGUAGCACCAGUUUGGAACUUUUUCCAGGAAUUAUCAAGUAAAAGUUCAGAUUAGAAGAAUUUUUCAUAAGACUACAAGUAUACAAAAAGCUACUGCCGGGGCGGCAGUAGCUCAGGAGGUAGAGCGGUCGUCCAAUAACUGGAAGGUUGGCGGUUCGAUUUCCCCCCAUCCCAAGUCUGUCCGUUGUGUCCUUGGGCAAGACACUUAACCCACCUUGCUCCCAGUGUGUGUCCUCCACUGGUGUAUGAUUGUGAUUGUUGUUUGGUGGUGGUCGGAGAGGCUGUAGGUGCAAAAUGGCAGCCACGUUUCCGUCAGUCUGCCCCACAUCAGGAUAUUCUGACGUAACAUUAAUUUAGGGUCAAACACACAGCAACACCGAGUUAGACUCCCCCUCGGGAGAUGAAUGUUUCCAACCGCUUGCUUCUCUAGUUAUACCAACUUUGGUGACGACCGCCGGAUAGCAAUACACAGCGGUCUGAAGAGCCAUAACCCAACCCCAGCCAAAACGCCACUCUAUAGCCACAAAUAAUGCUCAGAACAGCACCUUACUUCAUCAACAGGACAUAUGAGGUCCCAGCCAUAGUACUAGCCACCAAACAUCUUUUUAACUUUGCCUAAUUUCUUUAGCGAAGAGACUAAACACAACUCACCUACUCUCUUCCAGCAGCAGCUUGUUUGUAGCGAGACCUCAGGCCAGUCCAUUACGGACUGCUGGGGGGUGACGCAGCUCAAGGAAGAACAUUUAUGAUCAUUUCUUUAUCAUUUCCUUGAAGUAAUAACCACCAUAUUAUUCAUUUUGCACUGCAGACGUGGCAGUUCUUCUGCUUUAGUGUCUCGGUCUGAUCUCAUUUCCAUAAGGAAAUGAUUAUAAAUGUUCUUCCUUGAGCUGCGUCACCCCGCAGCAGUCAGUUAGGGAGAGAGUAGGUGAGUUGUGUUUAGUCUCUUUGGAUAAGAAAUCAGGCAAAGCUGAAAAGAUGAUUGGUGGCUUGGACCGUAUAUGUACUGUUGAUGAAGUUAGGUGCUGUUCUGAGCAUUAUGUGUGGCUAUAGAGUGGCUUAUUGGUUGAGGUUUGUUUAAUGGCUCCUCAGACCGCUGUGUAUUGCUAUGGAGCAGUCUUUGCUAAAGUUGCUGUAACUACAGAAGCAAGCGGUCGGCAACAUUCAUCUCUCAAGGGGUGUCUGACUCUGUGUUACGGUGUGUUUGACCCUAAAUUAAUUUUACGUCAGAACAUCCCUUUAAUUAAUUCCUUGUUUGUUUUGCUUCUUCUCUGUGCAAUUUACUCAAGUUUGAAAUGUUUAUUCUGCAGGAGGAACAAGACAUCAAAGCUCUCCAGGCAAAGAACCGAAAGUUAGGAGAAGCUCUUGAUCAAAGACAGGUAAAUCUUUGCUAUAUUGUUUGUUGACUACUCUUGAUACGCUGGUGACCUACACUUAGGCACACUGUUUAGACAAGGUUAAUCUGACGCCAUGUUGGUCUGCAGGUAAUUGAAGAUGAAUUGCGUGAGCGGAUCGAGAGGCUGGAGACCCGCCAGGCUACUGACGAUGCCAGUCUGCUGAUCCUCAACAGAUACUGGAACCAGGUAAACAAGUUCAAACAAAGAAACUGAAGCAAAAAUUGGCUUUCCUUAAUUAACAGGUUAGUUUUUUCCUCAAGUUUAACCUGGUCAAAUGUGCUGCUGUUCUCCCCUCCAGUUUGACGAAAACAUCAAACUGACCAUCAGGCGUUAUGAUCAAACAAGUAGCGAACCAGAGAAACCUUUGCCAAAUGAAGGGCGGAGCCUGAAGCCAGAAACUCCAGAACCUGAUGGUGAUUCUAACCAGGAGAGAGCGAAGGACAGGGGUAAAGACAGAACUGAGGCAUUAUCAGGAUUUCUCACUGAUGAACUCUUUUGUUUAUGUAACCAACAAAACACACAUCCAAACCAAAACCUUCCAUGUUGUUGGUUUUCACCUAGGCCACCAGGGAGAGACGACCAACUCCUUCUUGGCCACAUUGGCUAGCAGCAGCAGUGAGGAGAUGGAGGCUGAGCUUCAGGAGAGGGUGGAGUCCAGCCAAAAGCAGGCCAAUCAUGUGGUGGAGAUCUAUGAGUGUCUGAAGAGCACUGUGGAUAAACUGAGGGCUGAAGUGGAUUCCGGAGCAGGUGAGAUGAAAUGGAGGGCAGAUCUAGGUGGAAAGUUAUGACAAAGGAGGAAUGAGGUUUAGCCAAGAAUAAAGUGAAGUUGGGUAAAUAAUGAGUUUUAUAUUGUUGCCAAUCUUUCAGAGGGCAGUCUGUGGCAGGUCGCUUCCAAACUGAACGCACACCUGACUAGUGAGAACGAGCGGCUGCAGCAGCUCACGGAGGACCUCAAGCAGAAGUACAGUCAAAUGACGAGCGAGGUACCGUGGCAGACUUAGUCUCCUUACGUCAAGUCAAUAUCAACGGUGAUCGAGAAUUUGCUUGCACAAGAAUAUGUCCCGAUAAAGUUAUCGAGUGUUGUCCAUUUUACCUUCUAAUCCAGUCUCGAGGUCUGGGUCGUGCAGCCAACAAAGCAGACCAGCGAAUCGGUGAGUUGCAGGUUCUGAUCGAGGAGCUGCAGUGGGACAUGGAGAAGAUCCGCCGCAGGGAGAACAGACUGAAUGCGCACUUGAGUGAAAUACUGGAAAGGGUGAGUUUGUGGUCCUUUUUCACUGUUUCUGUCUCUUUGUUUGCUAGUGACAGUGUUAGACAAGCUUCUUCAUGCUGAUGUUGAAGUAUCACAGUCUGUAAUUCUUCAGGUGAACAGCAAAGGCUAUAAAGUGUGUGGGGAGGCCAGCAGCGUCUGUGGGACCAUCACUAUCAACAAGAGAAAGGUACGAUUUUCACUGAGGUUUCAAAUGUGAAUUGAUCCCAAUGAAUUUUUGAGUUUGUUUCUUUUCACACCUUGCCUCAAAUAUUUUUGUCUCCCUUUUUUAAGUUUGAAGAAAUGAACAGUGAGAUGGAUGAGAGCAGAGAGCUGGCAGAUAACCGCCUCAUUGAACUGCAGAAGCUCCAGCAGGACCUGCAGAAUGUGCAUCAGGAGAACAACAGCAUGAAGGUGAAGAUGGCCUAUUGUUGAUACUAAACAGAGAUGAUGGCAUGUGAUUCACAGAAGCAUUAAAGCUUCACAAACCAUUCUUCUGUUAGCUGACAUCAGUGAACUACACACUGCCAUAAUUUAACCGACACAAAUACAUGUAGCAUUUUAAGAAACGUUAAUUCAAAGUGGUUGAAGUAGUGCAACAACGGUGUCUCAAAAUACUUCCUCAGUUUAAAUUCCAACCAAGAGAAUCCCUCUGGUUGUUUGAUGUGUCCCCCUUUUUAUCUCACUAUUAUCUCUACUCAUUUUUCCUCCCUUUCUUUUUGUUCAGGCCGAGCUGAUGAGUCGAGCAGACGGCUUGGUAAAAGAGACUUCUGAAUACCGCUGUCUUCAAUCCCAGUUUUCUGUCCUCUACAAUGAGUCUCUGAUCCUAAAGGCUCAGUUAGAUGAGACACGCGCUCGUCUCAACACUACCAGAACAGCAAGGCUCCGACAGCUGGAGCACAUGGAGGUAAAUCUAGAGGUUCUACUUGACAAGUGCACGCCAAUCAAGCUCUUUUUGGUGUUUGGAUUUGACAUUUUGGACACUACAAAACCCAGUUUAAGUGUCUUUUAUUUUUUCAUUGAUUGAAGUUUGACUUGUUACAACUGUAUCAACUCUUCCCUACAAUGCAGUCUAAAAGGAGCAAUAGCACCACCUGCUGCUUAUUUGUGUAAACCAUCCCUCACAUUCAUACUGAUCUAUGAGCAGUAAGACUGCACAAAACGUGUGUUUAGAUAGGGUGACCAUAUUCUGACUUCCCAAAAAAAGGACACGACUACACGGGGGCGGAGUCAUAGAGUCCCACUUUGUAAAUUUUGAGAGUUUUCAGGUUGGAUCGGGUGUCUUUUAUGCGCUUCUAACUCAUUAAAAUUGAAACUUACGUAUCAAAACAAAUUUGAAGGAUUUUAUAAACUUCCCGGACAGCCCCCGAAAAAGAGGCCAUGUUCGGGUAAAAGAGGACAUAUGGUCACCCUAGUCUGGGUCUUUAAAUUCUGUAAACAUUUGAACCACAUUUCGAUGGAAACGCGACUACUUUAUUUGUGUGACCCCUUCUUACUUUCAUCCGUUGAUAUGCAGAAUGAUGAGGUGGCCCUGCAGAGGAAGGUUCGUACAGAGGUGUUUCAGCUCGAGGACACCCUGGCUCAGGUCAGGAAGGAGUACGAGAUGUUGCGCAUUGAAUUUGAGCAGACUCUCGCUGCCAACGAGCAAGCAGGUAACUCACGUUCCAGCUGGGAUGUAUUGUGUUGUGAAAUGAGAUUUACAUCAGCUCUAUGGUCAAAAAAAAAAAUAGCUUCAUAGCUUGAUUUUCUCUUUUCCCAGGUCCCAUCAACAGGGAGAUGCGUCACCUGAUCAGCACUUUGCAAACACACAACCAGCAGAUGAAGGGAGAGGUGGUGAAAUACAAGAUUAGACUGAGGGAGACUCAAGCUGAGCUCAACCAGGUGGGAAAGAUGCAUUCACCUUUCAUAAGCAUGAGAAAUGAAAUUUUCGUUGUUCAGUUUGAUGACUUCAUGUGAUGGUAAUGACAAGAAGAGCACAGCAGCGUGUUCAUACAGUUGGCUGUCUCUUUAAGGUUCGGGCGUCAAAAGGAAAUGCCAUCCUUCAAUCGCAGUCGAGCACAGAGAUGGAUGUAAAGGAUGAGACGACCUCUCCUUCUACUCCAGCUGUUUCUGGAGAACCUGCCAUCAAGACAGAUCCUGACAACGGCUCUUCAACACCCAGCAGCACCGGUAACUAACACCGCUCUCACUCUGUGACAUUUUAGUUCAGGUUUUGAUACUAAAAAGCAAAAGCCAGUGUUUACAGUGUUGUAUAUAUCUGUUCGUUUGUUUUAUUUUAUCUCUGCAGGAGCCUCGGUGAAAACAGAGCCUGGAGUAGAGCCUGAAGCAAUGGUAAAAGAGGAGGAGAAGGAGGAGAAAAAGGAGAAGGAAGACAAGAAGGAGAAGGAGGUCAUAAAGAAAGAGGAGAAAGACAGGGAGCGGGAGAAAGAGAAGGAAAAAGAGCGGGAAAGGUCAACCCGUAGUGGGAGCAGCAGUGUGAUAAAGGAGGAGAAGGAGAAGCCGGGGAGCAGCAGCCAACCAGAGGAAGUGGCCGGCGAGCGCAUGUCCGUUGUCGGAGGAUCAAAGAGGAAGGAGAUGGAGCAGCUAAAGAUUGUCAGGGCGGAGCUCAAGUGAGUCCAUGUGUGGAAGUGAAUACUGUUAUCCAUCUGUUGGCGAGCAGUCAAGUCAUCUGGGUCACACACCUGCAUCAAAACCUGAAAAUAGAUCAGACUUAGAGCACAUUACAUUUUCUAUACAUAUCCAUUAGAAUUCUUGUGUUGUAUUAUUUAAUGACAAAGCUUGGGUGUUGUCAAGUCUGGUAGCUUUUCCACCUUGACUUGAAUUUCGACAUCAGAGGAACAUUUUUUUUCCUUUUGGCAAACAAAAUACUUGCUAUGCCUUAAGUUUUUAAAAUACGGCCAAAGGGACGCUUUUUUUCUAGUAUGAGUAAUUUGGCUUUCCUUGUUGCUAUGGUUACUAUCUAUCAUGUUGUACCAAAACAUAUGCCUACCGGAAGACUUAUAAAAGACAUUACGUGUCCUCUGAUACAACGAAUCACCACCAGUGACUCAUAGAUUACAAGAUCCAGCAAAACGAUUUCUGAAAUCUCUGAUCUCUGAAAAUUUUAUGCAAAAAGCCUGAAAGACUGCAGUGGGAUUUCUCCAACAUUUUUUAUUAUAGGACUUUUUAAAAAUAAUGCACAGAGUUUUAAAAGGAUUUCUGGCUCUUGUCUUUUAAUGCUGAUGUUUAACUGAACAGUGUUUUUUUUUUUCAUCAUGUCUAUGAUUGUGCAGGAAAGCUCAGGAGUCUCAGAGGGAGAUGAAACUGCUGCUGGACAUGUACCGCUCAGCACCAAAAGAGCAGAGGGACAAAGUCCAGCUCAUGGCAGCAGAGAAGAAGUCCAAGUCAGAGGUGAUCAUAACGCUGCAUAUUUGCAAAGUGAGUGAAACAAAGCAAGUGUUAGGAGGAAGGUUAAUGGAUGUUGAUGUGCUGAUAUAGGGAGAGGAGCUGCGACAGAGGCUACGGGAGCUGGAGGAACGAGAGAGGAGAGAGGGCAAAAAAAUGGCAGAUGAAGAGGCUCUGAGGAAGAUCCGCUCUGUGGAGGAGCAGAUUGAUAUCCUCAACAAGAAGCUCUCUAUAGCCAAACAGGUACACCUGCUUGUCAUACUCUGAUUUAUCACGCUCAAAAUAUCCUCCUUUCCUUCCUGACAUAACCUCCCCCUCCUCUCUGCAGGAGGAGGAUGCACUACUGAGCGAGAUGGACGUGACAGGCCAGGCCUUCGAAGACAUGCAGGAACAGAACAUUCGUCUGAUGCAGCAGCUCAGAGAGAAAGAUGAUGCAAAUUUCAAGCUGAUGAGCGAGCGUAUCAAGUCCAACCAGAUCCACAAGCUGCUGAAAGAGGAGAAGGAGGAGCUGGCCGACCAGCUGCUCACUCUAAAAACUCAGGUGAGACUCUGUAAGGUGGGACGUGACCGAAUAAAGGCUUGUUUGCACUUGUUUUGUCACACAAAGGGCCAACUGUCAUUUAUCUGUUUUAACUUGAAACGUGGUUUUUCAACAAAAAGAUUCUCAUGAAAUAAAGAUCCCCUACGGUUACCUGCUGCAUGAGCUUUUCUUCGCUUGUACUUUUGUUGCUGCCUCCAGUGCAGCUCAGUUCACUGUUAUCAGUAUCUUUUCAAUUCGUUUCUUUUCUGUAUUUCUUUGUCAUCUUAUCUUAAUUACACUUUUGUGGAUUUAGGUCGAUGCCCAGCUGCAGGUGGUGCGUAAGCUGGAGGAAAAGGAGCGCCUCUUGCAGGGCACAAUCAGUACUGCAGAGAGGGAGUUGGCACUGCGAACACAAGCCUUAGACAUGAACAAGCGCAAGGUAACACGAUGUUCCGCAAUGAUUGGCCACAGCUGUGGAGUAGAUGGAGACAAAAAAAGAACUUAAUCCAACCUGAACAGGCUUGCACCGCUUACGAAAAAGCUCACCAAUAAAGUAUUGACAAAUGAUUGCGUUGUGUGAGAGGACUCGUAUCCCUAAUGCCUCUUUCUGUACUCCAGUCGCAGGAUUCCGCGUUGCUCUCAGAGGAGGUGCGGACUCAGCUGGAGCAGGUCCAACAGAGGCUGAACCUGGUCAGAGAAGAGGUCAUAGAGAACAGUAUCUCCCGUGAAAAAGAGUCUUUUAAUGCUCGACGUGCACAGGUAAUAAGAACACACUCAUAGACUCCUGCAGACAGGUAGACCGUAUCUGUGAUAGUUUCGAUUGUGCUUCAGCAUGAAAGGUGCAAACAACAUUUCAGACUUGAACACUGUCUUUUAGGGAUCUGAAAAUUAUGAAUGUGGAUGAGUUUCCUCUUUUCUCUUUGUAGACCUGCUCCCAGUUUUUUUUUGUCCUCUACAUCACAAGUGAUCUCACUGUGAAGCUAACCCUCUUUUGUUUCACGUUGCACACUCACUAUAGUAGGUAGAUGCAGGAAGGUAUUAUACAGACUGCUAAAGGGUAUCCAUAGGGUCUGUUGACAAAUGACAGUAAGCUAAGAGAGACAGACUGGUUUGACUUAAAGUUGUUUGCUGUUUUAGGAGGACAUCUCCAAACUCAGAAGGAAGAUCGAAAAAGCGAAGAAGCCUGCUGAGAAGAUCAGCAACGGAGAUGAGAUCCUAAAUGAAGAAAUCAAUGACUAUAAGGUUCGUUUCUGUGGGUCUUAUCAUACUGAAAACAUCCAGCUUCCUGUUUUUCUUCUGCAGGAAAUUCAAAGAAUUCAGACCAGUCACUGAAGGGGAGUCACCAGGGGGGUUUCCCUUUUUAAAGUCAGUUUUCAACAAAAGUCCCAAGAGAAAACUUUGAUCGAUCAAAGUUGUAACAGAGGAUUCAUUCUAUUUUUAUUAUUUUAGCGAAACAUUUGCAUUUUCUCCCUACAGAGACCCAUUAUCCAAAGAAGAACUGCCACUUUAAGAAUAUUCUUUUCAAUGAUUUUGUUAGCCUCGGAUUAAAAUUAGCUGUGUCUUCCACUCGCUCUUCAUUACUUCCUUUGUGGUAAGGAGAUAAAAAUCAGCCUCUCUACACUUUUUCCAAAGUGUCAAGCUUUUUUUUUCCCACCAAACUAAUACAGCUAGCCUUAAAAGCUAGAUGAAAAAAAUUAAACCUGACUUCUCUUACACUCUGAUAUGAAAACCUGAAUUUGGUCGUUGUAAAAAAGCAGAGUUUAGAAACACCAGGUCAUAAAGACUGCAAAUGAUCGCUAGCUGCAAAAGCAACAAACAAGUUGAUGGAACUUGCAGUUUUAAUGAACAAUAAUGUAUUUAUCUGUUUCACACUCUUUUGUGUGAAGACUUCACACAUUCAAGUGUUAUUGAAGUCAGUGUCCAUCUCUAAAACUACAACCCUAUGCCAUACUGUUGAAUAUGUAUCCUCUUGUUUCUAUACUGCCCAUGAUCUUGAGCAUCAGUAGUGGCUACAUCUGGGUUAUAUUCAGCCUUAGUGUUGUGCUCUACAGGACGGUUGAGCUUCAGGAUAUUUGAGUCCUCUCUUUGCAGUCCAUUCAGCUCAGGUCAAAAUGGCAAAGUUUAUUGUUCAACCACUCUCACUCUCUCCCUUUCUCUCUUGUUUCCCCUCCAGGCACGUUUGACAUGUCCAUGCUGCAACUCUCGGGUGAAGGACGCAGUACUGACUAAGUGCUUCCACGUCUUCUGCUUCGAGUGCGUAAAGACGCGCUAUGACACUCGACAGAGGAAGUGCCCGAAAUGCAACGCCGCUUUCGGGGCAAACGAUUUCCACCGCAUUUACAUCGGCUGA